AUAAUGUCUUACAUCUCCACGACAAACCACAGAAGAAGCCUCGUCUCCUGGAUACAGAGCAGACGACAGGAACGCGUUCCCCUGUUAAACUGCCGCAUGUGGAGAUGCUGCCAGUGGAGCAUCUUCACCUCAAGCAUAUCCUGCAGACAGUAUGUGCACUGGAGGCAGUUGUCCUGCGCAGUUUUGGUCCAGGGGGAGGACAGGUGCUGUUCACCCGAGACACGGGACAGGCCAUGUUGACCCGCAGCGGGACACACAUUCUCAAAGCACUACGUCUCCAGCAUCCACUGGCUAGGAUGGUGGUGGAGUGUGUCUUGAAGCAUAGCAACGUAACAGGAGAUGGAUCCAAGACCUUUAUCCUACUGCUGGCGUCAUUACUACGGAUGAUUCAUACAGAAGCUUGCAAGGAGCCUCAUGUGUCUCACACUUAUAACUCUAGGGAAGCAGCAGAGGCUGCCACUGCCAGGCGCUUGGCUGAGGGACUGCUGGCAUUUGCAGUGGAGGAAUUGGAUGAUCUCAUCGCUAUAGGAGUGGUCCCCUAUGGAUUCUGUGUUUCCUGGGAGGAUUUCACUGCAGAAACCCGGCCACCCGCUCAUACAAAAAAUCACUGUGUUCAAAAGCUGCUGGCAUCGUUCUUUCGUACUCGUCUUGGUCACACCCACUGUGACUUCAUAAGCAACCUCACCUGUGAACUGCUCAGCAACUGGAAGCUUAAAAAUGACCCUCCUUCCUUAGCACUUCAGUUUUUACAUGACGUCUUCCCCGCACUGCAUACGCCUGUAUCAGGCUUUCCUAUUAGCUGUUCACGUUUGAUUGAGGGGCAGGUCAUUCACAGGGACUUUGCCAUGCCCUGCCCUCAGACUCACCGCCAGCCAGUUAAAGCUGUGGUAUUCACCGGAUGCCUACAGCCAAAGUUGCUCGGUGCAGGAGAUGUGCUUAAGGUGGGAUGUGGAGGAGGCCAAGUGAUGGAGGGGAAAAGUAUUGUGGAGUUUAGUGCCUGGUCAGAAAAGUCACUAGACUGUGUUAUAGCAAACCUGCAGUGUUUGAGUGUCUCUGUGCUUCUGUGUGCGGUGAAACAGUCUGCUACUGUCCUGGCUUUAGCUGCACAGGCAGAGAUGUGUGUUGUGGAGUGUAUCAGCGAAGAUGAACUGUCUCUCUUUGCCCAGCUAAGUGGGACCACACCUGUGACAGACUGCUGGACGAUUGAACCUGCAAAUGUUGCUACUCUGACCUUUUGCCGCCCGAUACUACUGGGAGUCCAUAGAUAUGUUCAUGUGGCUUUCCAUGAUAUGGAGGAAAGGGUCAGCGUCAAACCAUGCUGUCUGGUCAUGUGUGGCCCAGGCAAAGAGCAAACGGACCAGUAUGCAUGUGCGUUCCAAGAUGCCAUCCGCAUGCUACUUUCAACUUGCAAGCCUGUGGGUAUGUCUGCCACUACAGCAUCGAAAAGGACCUCGCAGUCACACAAAAGCACAUAUUUAAAUACAGAUGAUCCCUCUCAUAAAAGCGCGGACACCGUUUCCAAUGCACUUCCCUUCCAGCAGAGUGUGUCGGGGCCAGGAUGUGUUAUACCUGCUGGUGGUACAUUUGAGUUUCUCUUAAAUCAUGCCCUCUUACAAAAUAUUACAAAUAUGGGUAUCCCUGCUGUUUCCAAACUCUUGGCAAAUGCUUUACUGAUUGUGCCACGACAGAUUUACUCCCACACUCCUCGUCAUUUCCUGCAGAUUCAAACCAGGAUCCUCAGUUUUAUUCCAAAUCAUUCCCACGCGUUCAGCCUCCCAUAUAAACAAGAACCCAAUAUAAGCUUCAUACAGCGUUGUGGUACUAGUGAAUUUCCUGUAGCAGACUGCAAACUUAGCAUGCAUUAUUGUCCAAAGGGUGACGUUUCUUCAAAAGCUUUUAUGUUGGACCCGGGCCUUGAAUCCGUCUCCUGUAAAAACCAGCUUCUCCUGGCCGUACUGCAGUGUGUCACGAGUCUUCUCCGGGUGGACACAGUGUUUUACACACACACUGCUAUAAACACACAAUCACUGAAACCUGCAAACAUUUCCUGGGAGGGCACAGAGGAUGAGGCUGAAGACUGAGAUUGUAUUGUAUCCCAUGAUGAAAACUAUAAACAUAUAUUCUCUUGGCACUUAAUCAGGUAUCAUUCAGAAGUUGGAUGAAAUAAUUUGUGCUUUGUUGCAGGCUGCCACAGCAAUGUUUGAAUAGACACACUCUUUUUUUUGUUUGGUUUGUAAUCCAUUCAUUUGAAAUGCAAGUCUUUUGCACAGCUACUGAGAGAGUAAAUUACAGUUAAUGGCUGUACAGUUGUGUGGUGCGAUUUAUAGACCAAUAAAAAUUUGAAAUGGU